AAGGCGGCUGUGAACGGGUUAACUCUGGGAUGGUAUCCAAUAACCAUUAAAUACACCGACGUUUUGAUAGAAAACAAAGUCCUGUUAAAAUAUCAGUGUUGUCAAUUCGCGUUUCACAAGUUGAGCCAUGUCAACCCCGGCUAGAAGGAGACUUAUGAGAGAUUUUAAACGGCUACAAGAGGAUCCCCCUGCUGGUGUCAGUGGUGCCCCGUCUGAAAACAACAUCAUGGUGUGGAAUGCAGUCAUUUUUGGCCCUGAAGGAACUCCUUUUGAGGACGGUACUUUUAAACUCAUUGUAGAGUUCACAGAAGAAUACCCCAACAAACCCCCCACAGUACGAUUUGUGUCAAAGAUGUUUCAUCCAAAUGUCUAUGCAGAUGGCAGUAUAUGUUUGGACAUCCUACAGAAUCGUUGGAGUCCCACUUAUGAUGUGUCAUCUAUUCUUACAUCCAUCCAGUCCUUGCUUGAUGAACCAAAUCCCAACAGUCCAGCCAACAGUCAGGCGGCUCAGCUCUACCAGGAGAACAAGCGGGAGUACGAGAAGCGUGUGUCUGCCAUUGUAGAACAAAGCUGGAGAGAUAGUUGACCUGGCAAUCCUGAUAGCUGCUCUCUCCAUUGUUAAGCUGUGUGCUGCAAAGUUUUAGUGGAGAGCCUCUUAAUUUUUGCCCCCCACCCACCUUUUUUGAUUUUAAGCUUUUAUGCACUUUACCUUCAACUUCCCUUCAUAGAAUGUUUUUUUUUCUUGCCCGUCAAGAGGGAUUUAUUUUUUAUAUUCUACCCCCUUUUUCCAGCCCAUCAGGGGAUUUGUGCUGAAUCUUGCCUUUAUGUUUUGUCAGUAUGGACUUGUGGGCCAUUACCCCAAAUCUUUGGUGUGCUCUAACUUUCUGUGAUAACGCCCCAUGACUAAUUAUGUUUCAUGUCCUGGAGGGUUUAUCAAUGAAGUCAUAGGUCCUUUUCUGUUGUG